GGUAAUCCGUGAAGCGCACGGCUGCAGCUUAGAACCGUGGCAAAAUGCAGGUCUUCUCUCUCACCGUAACGCACGUUUUUUUGCAAAACCAUAUGAGAGACUGUAAUUUUGUCAGAAACCCUAAUUUCUAAGGAAUCAUCUUCUCCAUUGCGAUAGUUUAUGAAGCUUUCGAUUUUUGAGUAAUCAGGAUCAGGAAAUGGCGUUCUCUGCAACAUUUUAGCUGCAAUGGCUUGGCUUUAUGGAGAGAAAUGGUGGAGCUACUGCUAGUUGUUGAAAUUCUGUGAUUUCUUGAGUGGUUUGGUGGAGAAACCCUUGCUCUCUGUGACUUUCUAGCUCAAAUGGCGUCCAAGUCUGGUAGCAAAUCGAGGAGACCUUCGGGUGUUGUACAAAAGCCUGUCAGCUCUGCUUCGUCUUCUACGUCCUCUUCAGUUCAGAGCAAGACUCAGUAUCUGUACUCAGAGAAUGCGAAUUCUGAUGUAGAUAAAAUAAAGGAAAAUGUUACAGUGACUGUUCGUUUUCGCCCAUUAAGUCCAAGAGAGAUACGUCAAGGUGAUGAAGUUUCUUGGUAUGCUGAUGGAGACACCAUAUUGAGGAAUGAACAUAAUCCGGCUACUGCAUAUGCUUAUGAUCGUGUCUUUGGACCUACAACCACGACACGACAUGUCUACGAUGUUGCUGCCCAACAUGUAGUCAGUGGAGCCAUGGAGGGAAUCAAUGGCACAGUGUUUGCAUAUGGAGUAACAAGCAGUGGAAAGACUCAUACAAUGCACGGAGAUCAGAGAUCCCCUGGAAUAAUACCAUUGGCUGUGAAAGAUGUUUUCAGUAUCAUACAAGAGACUCCAAAUCGUGAGUUUCUGCUUCGCGUCUCAUAUCUGGAGAUCUAUAAUGAGGUUGUCAAUGAUUUGUUAAAUCCUGCUGGUCAGAAUUUAAGAAUAAGAGAGGACCAUCAGGGUACAUUUGUUGAGGGCAUAAAAGAAGAGGUUGUGCUAUCCCCUGCUCAUGCUUUAUCCCUCAUCGCUGCUGGAGAAGAGCACAGACAUGUGGGAUCAAAUAACUUCAAUUUGCUCAGCAGCAGAAGUCAUACAAUAUUCACACUGACGAUUGAGAGUAGCUCAUGUGGUGAAAGCAGUGAAGGUGAAGCUGUAAAUUUAUCACAGCUGAACCUCAUCGAUCUCGCAGGUUCUGAAAGCUCAAAGGCUGAAACAACUGGAGUGCGGCGGAAAGAGGGAGCUUAUAUAAAUAAAAGUCUGUUGACUCUUGGAACGGUUAUUGCCAAAUUAACUGAUGGAAAAGCAGCACACAUACCAUAUAGAGAUUCAAAACUUACCCGGCUCCUUCAGUCUUCUCUAAGUGGUCAUGGGCGGGUAUCUCUUAUUUGCACUGUUACUCCUUCGUCAAGCAAUAUGGAGGAGACACAUAACACAUUAAAGUUUGCACACCGUGCAAAAUGCAUAGAAGUUCAGGCAUCACAGAACAAGAUUAUAGAUGAAAAAUCUCUUAUAAAAAAGUACCAGACUGAGAUUCGCAACUUGAAAGAAGAACUAGAACAGCUGAAAAAAGGCAUUGUCAAUGUGUUCCCAUCAAAGGUAGCAGGCCAGGAAGAUAUUGUUCUACUAAAGCAAAAGCUAGAGGACGGUCAAGUUAUGCUGCAAUCUAGAUUGGAACAAGAAGAAGAAGCUAAAGCAGCAUUACUGGGAAGAAUUCAGCGGUUGACCAAGCUUAUUUUGGUUUCUACAAAAGAUACACCACCUUCAAAAGUCCCUCAAAGAGCUGGUCCCCGGAGAGCUCAUUCAUUUGGAGAAGAAGAGCUUGCAUACCUUCCUCACAGAAGACGGGACUUUCUUGUGGAGGAGGAUAAUAUUGAUCUGUAUGCUUCCCCCGAAGGCAAUGUUGACAGUUCUGAGGAAUUGAGUAAGGAGGACAAAAAGAACAGAAAGCAUGGAUUGUUGAACUGGUUCAAGCUACGUAAACGAGAUAGUAGCUUGUCUGCUAUGACAAGCUCCGAUGGCGAUAAAUCAAGUGCAACAAGAUCAAGUAUAAUUGCCUCACCUCAGGCAGAUAAUGGGAGCAGUCAUUUGGAGAACAGAGCAUAUGACAGUUUAAUAGCUGAGAAAAAUACCCCUUCCAGGAAUCUUCUGCUGGAAUUUGAGCAUAAUAGAGACUCUCCUCAUGACAAUGCUUCAUCACAUCAGCCACCAUUGAGGAGUGGCAAGUUUUUGGACCAAAUUGAUUUAUUAAGGGAGCAACUCAAGAUUUUGUCUGGAGAAGUUGCUCUUCGCUCAAGUGCUUUGAGGCGUCUUACAGAAGAGGCUACGGAUAACCCAAAAAAGGAACAACUUCAGAUUGAGAUUAAAAAAGUGAAUGAUGAAAUCAGAGAUAAGAAACAACAGAUGGAAGCUCUAGAAAGGCAGAUGGUCACAUCCAUACAGGCCACUCAAAGUAAGGUGGACACAUCAGAACUGUCACAAUCCUUUGCAGAACUGGCUGUGCAAUUCAACGAGAAAGCCUUUGAACUUGAGGUAAAAACUGCUGAUAACAGAGUCAUGCAGGAGCAACUGCAACAGAAGAUACGCGAAUGUGAAGAAUUGCAAGAAAGAGUUGCUGCUCUUAAAGAACAGCUCUCUCAAACAUCGGAGGCCAACAAAACCAUGAGGGAAGCCAUGACAGCAAAUCAUGAACUCAAUUUAACCUCCAAGCCAGAUUUCAUCCCUCAAGCGGACAUAUCAAAUGGAUCACUCCUUCAAGAACAAGUUAUUAGUCAGGUCUCUCAGAUUGAGGAAUUGAAGCUCAAGUUGUCUAAAAUGUCUGAGGAAAAGGCCCAGCUCGAAGCUCGAAACCAAAAGCUAGCAGAGGAUGGUUCAUAUGCUAAAGGACUUGCCUCUGCUGCUGCAGUGGAGCUCAAAGCACUCUCUGAAGAAGUCACCAAGCUUCUUCGCCAGAAUGAAAAACUUACAGCUGAAAUUACAGCAUUACAAAACUCGCCAAACCGAAGGCUAAAUUCUAGUAUGAGAAACUCCAAGAGAGAUUCUCAUACCAAAAGGCAAGAUCUAGGGGGUUCGCUUGCUGAAAUAAAGAGAGAAUUGGCCGUGAGUCAUGAGAAAGAAUUGUCGUAUGAAGCUGCAUUGGCAGAGAGAGAACAGAGGGAGGCAGAGCUUCAGAAGAGAGUUGAGGAAUCAAAGCAGAGAGAGGCACAUCUCGAGAAUGAGCUCGCGAACAUGUGGGUUCUUGUGGCAAAGCUUAAGAAGACGCAAGAUACAGAUGACCUGCUGGAGCUGGGACGAGAGAGUUUUGAUGCUGGUAAAUAUGAACCUUUGGGACAUUCAAGGAGGAGCAGAGGGUAGGCCUCUGUGUGUGUGCACGUGCGCGUGCCUGUGUGUGUGUGCUUUGUUUGGGUUAUAGUCAAAAUGUGUAUUGUCUUACUGCUUGGUGUUAACAGGUCCUCCUAAUACUCUCUCUCUCUCUCUCUCUCUGCGAUGGGGAGGGCAAAUUUUUCUCUGAUGAAUGUGUAUUCUCAAUCCCUCUUUCUGUAAACAAAACCUUGAAGGGUCUUUUUUUCUUUUUUUGGGUGAAUCAGUGGGGAGAGGACCCCUACCCUACCCUUGGUAGGAAUUGAGCAGAAGCAUUGCAAAUCGUCAAGCGCUACCAAUUAAGCCUGAGCUCUUUUCCUGAGUUCAGCAUGAAUGGAUUUACUAAUGGGUAAAUGUAAUAUUGUCCAAGAAUGAAUCAUUGACUUUUCAUGAACUGUUAUAAAGGGUAAAUUGAACUGUUGCAUGAA